AUGCUCAACACCACAGCAGUGUUGCUAUUCUGUACUUUCACACUACAACUUAUUGUUGUCUAUGCAGGUGUACUGCCAGAAGAAACUGCUCUCCGUGGAAAAAAGAUACCGGCUUGUAGCGAUGGUUCCAAUCCGCUAUUGGGCGCUGUUGAGGGUAUAGUAUCCUGUAAAAGUGGUUGUCCAGAAGGCUUCUUCUGUGAAUAUUUGAGCGCCGAGAAACGCCCAGAGAAUGGAAUUUGUUGUGCUGAUUUGGAAAUUUUGACCAAAUUAUAUGGGGAUAGCGAGGAAAGUACGAGGAAUAAACAGGUUGUUACACCGUCGUUAACUCCAAUGUGA